AUGUUAAACUGGGGUCCAGUGGUAGUGGCAGUGGUGCUGUUCGUGCUAUUAACGCCGGGGCUACUAUUUCAGGUACCUGGACGUUCAAGGUGCUUGGAGUUUGGUAACUUCCAGACAAGUGGUGCUGCCAUACUCGUUCACUCCCUCCUCUAUUUUGGUCUCAUCUGUGUAUUCUUGCUUGCCAUUAAGGUCCACUUUUACAUGGGCUAG